AUGCCAACCCCGCGGCGCGGUCACAGCAGCGGGCGCGGCGGCGAGCGGGCCCGUCAGGCCCCGGAGUCGCGCCUACGACCUGACGCGGGAGGCCGCGGCCGGCCCCGCGCCCGGGCAGGCCGGGGCCGCGGCGGCGAGGCCCGGGGUCCCGCAGCCCCGCAGCCCCGCAGGCCGCGCCGCGCCGCCCGACGUCACUUCCGACCGGAGCCAAGAUGGCGGCGGCGCGGCCGCGGGCGCCAGGGCGGGCGGAGCGGCGGCGACGGCGGCGGCGGCUCGCGGCGCUCUGAGGCGCGCGGGGCGCGGCGGGCGCAGAACACUGCCGAGCCUGUGGCAGCCGCAGAGUCCCUGGCCGAGGUGCCCGAACACGUGCUGCGAGGACUUCCCGAGGAAGUGAGGCUCUGCCCGUCUGCUGUGGACAAGAGCCGGAUCGGUGUCUGGGCCACUAAACCAAUUUUAAAAGGCAAAAAGUUUGGGCCAUUUGUUGGUGAUAAGAAAAAAAGAUCUCAGGUUAAGAAUAAUGUAUACAUGUGGGAGGUGUACUAUCCGAACCUGGGAUGGAUGUGCAUCGACGCCACCGACCCGGAGAAGGGCAACUGGCUGCGCUACGUGAACUGGGCUUGCUCGGGCGCCGAGCAGAACUUGUUUCCGCUGGAGAUCAACAGAGCCAUCUACUACAAGACGUUGAAGCCAAUCGCGCCGGGCGAGGAGCUGCUGGUCUGGUACAAUGGGGAAGACAACCCCGAGAUAGCAGCUGCGAUUGAGGAAGAGCGAGCCAGCGCCCGGAGCAAGCGGAGCUCCCCGAAGAGCCGCAAAGGUAGGAGCCCGCCGGCCCCGGCGCCGCGCCCGCCGCCGCCGGCUCGCGGGGCGGGUCCGGGCUCGGCCGCCGCCGCGGCGUCGCGGUGACCUUUUCCGGACUCGGCUGGGCCCGGCCCCGCUGCUGAAUCACGGCCGCCGCGCGCUCGGGCUGUUUCCUGACUCGGGGCCGGGCGGCGGGCACGGCCCCGGCCCCGCACUCCCGCACUCCGCCGCGGCCCUGCGCUCCAGGCGCCCGCAGGGUGACAGCUUCGGCCCAGCCGGGCCCCGCGCGGGACGCGGGCCGAAGAUGGACGGGGGCAGGGACAUGCCGGCCUGCCAGAGAGGAGAGGAGACAGAGUUGUGGGGGCGACAGAUUGGGGGGAGAGGAGACAGACAGAUUGGGGAGAGUGGGGGCGAGACCGGAGG